AUGGCAGCUACAAACGGGAAAUUGUCGGUUAUGAAGAGUUUAGACGAGUUAUUUCCGGGGGUCGAUAUUGUUCGGGCUGCUGGAGCAGCCGCUAGAAACGGCCGUCCACGUCUUACAGUGGCUUUACGAUCGUCCGAGGAGGGUACUUCUUGA